UUAGUAUUCAGUUGUUAUUUGAAGUUAUUGCUUAGUAAAUUUUUAGAAUCGUAGAAUUUUUCUUAGUAGAUAACAAAUUUUGGAAAAAGAUGAAGGACCUCGACGGGACCCUCGACUAUAUGGAAAAUGCACGCUUUAAUUAUUUAUACGCACCUGACAUAGUCCGUUUGGAAAAGGAAACCAUCUUUAAGAACACCGAACUGAUGUGUGUCGUCAUGAUAUAUCACAAAUUUGCGAUGGAGAAUGGGCCGCGGGCAAAAUUUAUGACGUUAAUGCAGCUCAGUAGCGUUGUUGAAGAUAUAUUUGGAAUUUCCGAUCGUGCGAUUAACACCAACUUUGUGGCACGUAUAUCCUACGAUCCGGACUACUAUCAUCCAGAGUUCUCACCCGAUCGCCAAUGCAAUUUGCGGUCCUUUGUCAAGCUCUUUGAAAUUUGUUUUUGCGAUGAUUUGGAAAAAAAGAUGGUUUUUUGUUUCUCAGUAUAUGAUAAGACUGAUUUCAAUUCACUGGACCGUGAGGUUGUCCAGCGCUAUGUGGAAAAAUUUUUCGAGGGCGAUGACGAGGAUGAGGUUUUUGAGCUGCGUCAAGACAUGGUGGAAUUGAUAUUCAUGAAGUUUGACUUGGAUAAGGACUCUGUCAUAUCGGCAGACGAAUAUUACGAGGUGGUGCGCCAGCAGCCCAUGCUGAUGGAGUUCCUUGGUCCUGUGUUUCCCACGACUCGACAAAAGGACGUUGUGGCUCUCUGUGCUAAUAUAGUGUCCUGGCAUGGUAACAAGAACGGAAAUGAGUAAUUGAUGCAUGUGUGUAACAAAAUCAAUGUAAUAAAAUUAGAGUGUAACAGUUA